AUGCCUCCAGCAAAGACGGAAGAAGCCAAUCAAGAGAUAGCCCUCCCUCCCGAAGAAGGAAUACAGGGCUGGAUCUGCUUGGGGGGAUCUUUUUUUUCUUUAUUUUGCACAUAUGGAUUCUUAAGCGCAAUUGGUGUUUUCCAAACGAACUAUAAGGAGUCAAGACUGAAGCAAUAUGACCCCUCUGAGAUUUCGUGGAUUUUUACACUCGAAUUAUCCUUGAUGUGGGCGCUGGGUCCUGUAUACGGCCAUGUACUUGACACCUACGGAUCUGCACCAGUGUUGUACCCGUGUAGUUUUCUGUGUGUCUUAUCUCUCUGCAUGACGAGCCUUGCCCAUGAGUACUACCAGAUCUUCCUGGCCCAAGGUCUCGCAUUUGGCCUAGGCGCGGGUGGAGUAUUUACCACAGCUAUGGUCUGUACCGGUCAAUGGUUUAUCAGAAGACGAGGACUCGCAGUUGGCAUCGCGACAUCCGGAGCGAGUCUUGGCGGCGUGAUAUUUCCCAUCUUGCUCGAUCAGCUCAUCAGCAAGGUUGGCUUUGACGGAGCAGUUCGAUACACUGCUUUGUUUAUCGGCGUACUGCUGGUCCUUGCUUGUCUGAUGGUCAGGGCACGACUGCCUCCCAAUAAAUCGGAUAAGAAUUCAAAGUGGUUUGAUUUGACAUUACUCAAGAAAAAACAGCCACUCCUCCUCACCCUCGGGUGCUUCUUUUCAAUGUGGAGCAUGUGGGGGCCCUUCGACUACCUGUCAAGUAUGGCAAAGAACUCGGGAUUCUCCUCCUCACUCUCCGUAUAUCUGAUCUCUAUGAUAACCGCGGCUUCUAUUCCUGGUCGAGUCCUCCCGCCAUAUCUGGCUGAUCGUAUUGGACACCUCAAUGUGCUAACUGCCUGCUCAUUUCUGACUGCGGCAUCAAUAUUCUGUCUAUGGUUACCGUUCAAUUAUCAUCCCUCGCACGCAGGGAUCAUCGUAUUUGCUCUGGUUUAUGGAUUUGUCAGCGGAUCCAUCGUCUCUCUAUUCAUGCCUUGCGUUGCCAAGGUUGGCAAAGUGGAAUCGCUGGGCCGAGCAUUUGGCACAUUUCAACUAAUGAUCUCGAUAAGUUGCCUAACAGGACUUCCAACCAUGGGAGGUAUUCUGAACCAGCAAGGGGGAGCCGACUUUUCUGGAUUAGAGGUGUUUGCGGGUGUAUCUGCCUUUGUGGGCUCAUUGUUCCUAGCAGCAUCUACCUAUCUGUUGUCUAAGGCGCGAGGGACCUGGAAGGUUUAA